GACGGGCGCUGGAGCGGCUCUGGGCAGUGCCGCCCGUCCCGGAGGGGUGAGGAACGGGAACGCCGCCCUCGCUCCUUGCUGUGCGGGAGUGUGGGUGCUAGCUGGUGUUCUGAGCCUCACACAGUCCUGAAACGAGUGAUUUCUGUGAACAUCCAUGGAAGAAUAAAAGGAUUUGAAAGCUACACCCUUGAGAAAUUUGUGUAGUUUUUGUUGCACAGAGAAAUGCUGAAAUUUCAAGAAACUGCUAAGCAUGUCACUGUUGCCAGAUUUAAUUCUGCUUGCUCAGAUGCUGUGAUUGCAAGAAGAUACACUCUUCAGAGGAAACUUGGCAAUGGAAGCUUUGGAAGUGUAUAUUUGGUUAAUGACAGAAAAGCAAAACAAGGAGAAGAGUUAAAGGUCCUAAAGGAAAUCUCUGUAGGAAACCUAAAGCCUAAUGAAACAGUUGAAGCAAAUCUGGAAGCACAACUACUCUCCAAAUUAGACCAUCCAGCCAUUGUCAAAUUUUAUGCAAGCUUUGUGGAGCGAGAUAGUUUCUGCAUUAUCACUGAGUAUUGUGAGGGUGGAGAUCUAGACUUUAAAAUUCAAGAGUACAAAGAUUCUGGGAAGAUGUUCACUCAAAGUCAAGUAAUAGACUGGUUUAUACAGUUGUUACUCGGAGUCAACUACAUGCAUGAAAGACGGAUACUUCACAGAGAUUUGAAAGCCAAGAAUAUAUUUUUGAAAGAUAAUCUUCUUAAAAUUGGAGACUUUGGGGUUUCUUGUCUUUUGAUGGGUUCAUGUGAUCUUGCAACUACUUUUACUGGGACACCAUACUACAUGAGUCCAGAAGUACUGAAGCACCAGGGAUAUAAUACAAAAUCUGACAUUUGGUCUCUGGGAUGCAUUUUGUAUGAGAUGUGCUGUAUGAACCAUGCAUUUACUGGACAGAAUUUUUUGUCUGUUGUGUUAAAAAUUGUGGAAGGUGAAACACCUUCUCUUCCUGAUAGAUAUCCAAGCAAACUUAAUGCUGUGCUAUGCAGCAUGUUAAGUAAGAAUCCUUCAUUGAGACCAUCAGCAGCAGAGAUCCUAAAAUCCCCUUAUAUUGAUGAACAGCUACAGAAAAUACAGUACAAGUUCACAAACAUGACAGUGAAAGACAAGGAACUUAACUGUCAGAAAGAAACUGCUCCCAUUUUUGGUGCUGUGCAGAAGAAAGUUCAUUUGCAAACUCUGCAGGAACUUUCUGAAGUUCAGAAAAUGACACCGCGGGAGCGAAUGCGGCUGAGGAAGUUAAAUGCUGCAGAUGAGAAGGCAAAGAAAUUGAAGCAGCUGGCAGAAGAAAAAUAUCAAGAAAAUAUCAAAAGAAUGCAAGAAUUCAGGUCCCAUAAUUUUCAGCAGCUGAAUGUCAACGUCCUACAUGAAUCUGAUGAGCAGACUUCAAAAUGCCUCAUUCAUUCUCAGCCAGCCACUAUGGGCAGCUAUGUGUCCACAGGACAGGAUGAACCAAGAGGGAAUGGGACAAGUGACCUCGGCAUGUCUGAGCUUACAGACCACGAGAUCCCUGAAGACCCAGAAAUUGCAGAAGAAUAUUAUAAAGAUGAGUUUGAAUCCUGUUCAGAAGAUAGUGAAGAGGAGGAAGAUGCAGAAUUGUCAUGGACAGUCUCUAAGACAAAUCACCAGGACAGUGAUAUGGAGGCAAUGGUUGAGUAUUUGGAGAAUGUCCUGGAUAGCAGCUCAUUCAAUCUGCCAUUGGGAAGCUGGGAGUGGAGGCAUUCGAGGCAGUGUACAGCUGCCUCAAGCAAGCGAGACAGCAGAAUGCCAGUGAGGAGGAGAUCAGGAGCUCUUUGGAGAAACUGGUUUCUAGAGCAAGUGAUUGCUUCGAAGUGGAUCAGCUGCUGUACUUCGAGGAACAGCUGCAGGCUUCAGAGCCACAUCUCCAGCUGUGACAGUGUGUCUGCAACAGCUGUGAAUGGCACCGAGGAGGAGGGGAACUCCUUCAGACCAGCAGGCAAGUACAGGAGUAUCGCUGGCCAAGGGCUAUAUACAAAUCAUGGACAGGACAGGACUGCUGAGGAACGAGUCUCAAGCUGUUUUACUUUCCAGCAUCAGUCUCAUUAUGUGGUUAUGUCAAUAGGAAGAUGCUAGCAGCUCACAUCUCAGGCAGUAGACAAAGAACUUAAUGUUGCAACAAAGCAUAUUGACUGUAGUUCCAUCCAAUCGCUAUAAGCACACGUACCUUUGGUCGAAACAAUGCUUGCUUAUUUAGAAUACAAUCCCUGCUUGUAAGCCUUAAAGUACAAUGCACAGAGCUCCAUUAUUAAGCUUAGAACUUUCUAAUAUCUUGUUAGAUAUACUUUUCUGUAGCUUAGGGAGUUAUUCUAGAAAAGUGUUAAUACACAGACCAUUGUUCUAUUUGUCCUUACUUUUCUACUUAUAUAAUUUUUCUGCUGACAAAUCUUAUGGCUACUGCUUAGCAGUAAUUGCUGUUCUACUGCCUUUGAGGCCUGCCUUUUGCAGCUUUCCCAAAACCCUCUGAUUUUAAAGACUCCCACACAUGAGGUAUUUGGAUGACACUGCUGAGGGUAAUGUAGUACAUAAGCAUGUGGGUAAGCUCCAUUUGAGAGUCCAGACUGCAGUGAGAAGUGGGUAAAUAUGGCACAAAUUUCAGGAGCAGGAAGAAGAACAAAUGUUUGUGUCACUGGAGGGAGGAUUCACAUUUACCUGUGUCCCCUUCUUCUGCCACUUAAAGCAAAGGAAGGGUGUUCUGGACUGUGGCUGGAUGCCAGUCCUGCGCUCAGUGCAUCACUGGCAAAGCUGCCUUUGAUGGAAUGAUGCAGGAUUAGACUCCAGCUGCUGUUGAUGUCUGUGCUAACUUGUCCAUAUGAUACUUAAGCUCAUAAUUUUUGUAAUUUGGCUGAUUUACUCUUAAACAUAUAUGUAUAUGUAGGGCCACUCAGCCCCUAAUUGUCUUGUUAUUAUUGAUUGUUCAAAAGGGCUGCAUUUAAUCUGAGCUUUAAAGAAACUGUGGACAUACAUACAUAUGUGAAUAUUUAUAUACAUAUAUGCAUGCUCACAUACACAGAGAUAGGGAUGUGUGUAUUCAUAAUGGCAGAAAUAUGUCUGGUCAUACACUGUUCCUGUCUAAAGAGUUUUGGAUUAAAUUCAUUCAAAAAUGGAACAAUAAACUGAUUUUUUUUUCUGCCUUGCA